CUGAAAAGUAAAAUCAAACUCAUUAUAAAAUCUGAACUGACUCAAAAUGUGUACGUGGGAGUGCUGCUGCUAGAGAGGCGCAGAGGGACGAGCUUUGCGUCCACUUUCUCGUUCCCUGUUCAUCAGUGUGCCGCGCGCACAGAUUGACGCUCGCAGGAAUUUACAUGCAAACGGGAAUCGCUGCACAGAAGAGGUCGUAGAUGAACCGCAGCUCGGACGCACUCACGAAUUCUGCAGGUACAACGCCGUAAAGUGGGGAAAAAGAUGAAAUCCAGGAGUCAGGAUCAGAGUUUGUCGGACUCCAGAGAACUGGACAGAUCUUACGACCCUCUCACAGGUAAUCCUCCAUCCAAACCCACCAAAAAGACCAUAAAGCAGCGUUUUCUCAAACUACUGCCCUGCUAUCGCUCAGACUCUAGCUCUUCAAUUAAUCAAGGAAGUACAGAUGAUGAGGGUGAACUGCAGACAGUGUGUUACAGACCUGAGGGACUUGACCUUCUUGUUCAGCAGACCAAAUUUAGCAAGAAGGAGCUGCAAGUCCUGUAUCGAGGAUUCAAAAAUGAGUGUCCCAGUGGCAUUGUGAAUGAGGAGACCUUUAAAACCAUCUACUCCCAGUUCUUCCCUCAAGGAGAUUCAAGUAUGUAUGCACACUUCCUGUUUGAGGCCUUUGACACCCACAACCACGGAUCAGUCAACUUUGAAGACUUUGUUGUAAGUCUCUCCAUCAUCUUGAGAGGCUCCAUGACUGAUAAACUCAACUGGGCCUUUAAUCUGUAUGAUCUCAACAAGGAUGGCUGCAUCACCAGAGAGGAGAUGACAGAUAUAAUGCACUCCAUCUAUGACAUGAUGGGGAAGUAUACCUACCCCAGCAUGAAGGAUAGCGCUCCAAAGGAGCAUGUAGACAGCUUCUUCCAGGUACUGAUCCCCUCGAUGUUUCCAACAAAGAAAAUCAAGGAAUUAAUUGAAAUCUAUGAAAAUGGACAAGAACAAUGAUGGAGUGGUCACCAUUGAAGAGUUCCUGGAGACAUGCCAAAAGGAUGUGAAUAUCAUGCAGUCCAUGCACAUGUUUGAUAAUGUGAUCUGAAUACUGGGAAACAGAAGAUAAGACAUAUCCCAUCUGCAUGGAGCUCCGCUGCGGUAACACAACUCCCUGUGAAGAAGGGUGCUGAACAGACAGGUGCAAGGUUUCCCAUGAUGUGACCUGAAAACAUCCAACCCCACAGUCACCUUUUCUACAACUGUAACCAAGAGACUGAGCAGAAAGAGUGAAAUGUGUUUAUUCUUUAAUACUAUGUUUAGCUGUUAAAAUGUCACUUGUUGUGUUGGAAGAUGGUGACAAAAACAGAAACAAACAAGAAGCAACUGCAGUUUCGACAUCUUUACUAAUCCCUAGAUUCUUAUUAAUAUAUGUAUAUAUAUAUUUUUGCACAAAUUAUACACUUGAGAGGGACUGAAUGUACAGAAAGGUAACAAAUAGAAAUAUUGCUCAAAGCAAAGUGUUACACACUUUCUAUACUCACUUAUCCUGUGAAGAGAGAAGUUUCCAACUUUAAAAUGAAGCAAUAAUCUUGUAAUAAUUACUUUGUUUGUCCUCUGUGUCCUUAUGAAGCUCACAUUAUUCAGAACUCUGUAUAUUGUUUGCAUGAUACAUCUGUUUUAAAUGACAACUAAAAUGUUCAGAGAAAGGGUUAAUAUAUUUGCUAUAUGGAGACAAAAAACAUGACAGUGAGUUAAAUAAAACUACAUAGACUCAUUGCAAACCACAAAUUUUAUUAUUGACCUGCUUCGUUAAGUUUGGGUUGAACUGGGAGAGAAUUUUUCCUUUUGCUGUUCACAUAGAUCAGGACGAGUCACUCUGAACUGCUCUAGAUAAGUCUUAAGAGAAUUUUUUUCCACAGGCUGCACACGGGUGAUUUGUAGGUGAACUGAAGCAACGGAUUCUCGCCUGCGCCAACCAGGGCAUGAAGAUAAGACAAGACACUCUGCUCCUUUCGUGUGGUUUGCCUGUGAAAUGGCCUUGUCUGGGAAACGUUUUGCGCUCCGAGUUAUAAUUCACACAGAUGAAAUUCAGAGCUGAGGGGAAAUAAAUGCUGCAUAUCUGUCAUUUCUGCCAAGGAUUCUGUAGCUUUGCAUGAACAAACUUUUAUUUUUGAAGUCUUAGAGCUCAGGAUUCCAUGAAAUCUAAUUAGAUCUUUAGGUAUUUUAGGAUGGUUUGUUAUAAUAAUGAUGGACGGUGUGGUGUCUAAUCAUUCAGAACAGACCCAAACAUCUGUUUCACAGUAACUAUGUGGAGGCACUAUGGAACUAUGGAGACUUAGAAACAGUAAACCUGUGUGUGGACAACUAACUGUGCAC